GUGCUCCUUAUUGUCUCUCCUUCUCUAAACAAAAAUGCAGCUAUCAUUGCGCAUACCCUGCCUUACAUUGGUAAUACCCUUACCCGUCUCGGGCUCACCAUUGGCAUGGCCAAAACCAAGAUGGUUCACUUUACCUCCCUGCAUCACUCCUUGCACAUCAACCCCGUCCUUAUCAUCCAAUGGCAAGGGCAGGAGGUCAUCAUCUGGCCUGCGAUGUACCUUCGCUGGCUUGGCAUUUGGUAUGACCGCCACCUCCAAUUCACCCAUCACAUCAGAGUGAUGACCUCGUGCGCCACCUCUCAUGUAGUCGCUUUCUGCAUGCUCGCCAACACUCAACGCCUUACCCAACGGGGCAUGACGGUGGCACAAGCCCAUCUUCUAUACCUUACCACCAUCCUUCCUGUUUUGACCUUUGAAAGCCCUGUGUGGUAC